AUGCGGAAGGUUCAGACAGAUGAGGUGCCAUACACCUUGCACGACCUGGGUGGGAAGUCCGUGUACCUGAUCAUGCCAGAUCGCUUCUCUCGACUUGGGGGCGUCAGCCAAGGUGAUCCCAGCCCAUGUACUGGGAACGACUGGUGCAACGGCACAAUCAAGGGCAUCACAAGCCAGCUUGAGUACAUCCGGGACAUGGGUUUCGAUUGUAUCUGGGUCACUCCAAUGGUCUUGAACAUGUAUGGCCCAGAUGGGCCAAGCGGCUACGGCUACCAUGGCUAUUGGGCUCAAGACUACUACCAGAUAGACCCCAACUUCGGCACCCAGCAGGAUCUAAAGGAGCUCAUCCAAGAGACGCACAACAUGGGGAUGUGCUUUAUCCUCGACAUCGUCUUAAAUCACUGCCGUCCCAUCCACAGCGAGGCGGACUUAAGUGAAGUCUACCCCUUCAACAAGACCGAGUAUUUCCAUCAGCUGAACAUCAGCAACAUGACUUUUGACCAGUACACGGAGAAGAUGGGGGGUUGGCCACCUCCAACGCAGGCCCUGGGCCCCGGGGCGCAAUGUGAGCUGCAGUUCUUCCCCAAUGGCACACCUGACGGCACCAACAAUGGCACCUAUUGCAACAACUACCCUGGCGAAAUCUUCAACAACCAGACCUACUAUGGAGAUCAAGCUCAUGGCCCGCCAGACUUAAAGUUCUGUGGGGCUGGGAACUACAACUGCAAAGGCUACAAUGAGACGGUGAACAUCCUCGGCUGGUUCUACGACCUGGCGGACUUGAACCAGUCUGUACCUUUUGUGCGGCAGGGGCUGAAGGAUUGGGUGAUGUACAUGGUCACAGAGUACGCCGUGGAUGGCAUUCGUUUGGACACAACGCCGUACAUGAGGCACGAGUUUCUGAAGGAGGUCCAGGACAUGCUGCUGGCACUGGACAACCCGAUCCACAUCCUGGGGGAGGUGACCUCUACGAACAUGAGCUUCCACGGGUCCUACCAGGUCCGGAACGGCCAGGGCGUCCUGAGCGGCCUCGAGAACUUCCCCUUGACCUACAUGGCCAUGCCCGGCUACUGCGGCUGGCCUGGCGGCCCCAAGUCUCCUGUGGCACAGUUCGACCUGCAGUAUCUGGGCGACACCAUGUGGAAGCAGCAGACGACUGGCUACUACAACGAUCUGGAUCUGCUCAUGAACAUGAUGGACAAUCAAGAUGAGACACCCAUCUGGGGACAAUACCAUGUGCCUCCGGCAGGUGGUCCGUUCGGAGGGUCAGGCACAGGGGGAUGCCUCGACAAUGCGACUCUGGCGAGGAACGCCUGGGCCUGGCUACUGUUUGCCAAGGGCAUGCCGGUAGUCACAUGGGGUGACGAGCAAGGCAACUCGGUGUACCGGAGAAGCCUGUGGCAGUUCAACUGGACCAAGUCCGCCUGGCAGUAUAAGCUGCUGAACAAGAUGAACGCCAUCCGAAGGGAGCGCAACGUGGCGAAAGCCACCCAGGAAAUCUUGCACUACAGCAAGUACGUGCUGGUCUUCGCGCGGGGCUGCGGCGAAAACAGGGUGGUUGUGCUGACCAACAACGUGUUGCAGGGAACGGGAGAGCGGAUGGAGUAUUGGGUCAGGUUGCCACGCCCUCCGAAAGGCAUGAUGUGGAGGGACGCCUUGCAUGACCAGUACUUCGUCCGGCGCAAAAAGAAGGUGGUCACGUGGACCACGAUGCCUUUGGUGCUCGUCCUCGAGCCUCUGGGCAAGAAGCGACCGUACGGAAGGGCCUUUGCCGGCUCUGGCUGGCGGCCUCCUCAGCUAGGCCUCGAGGUCAAGGAAAGCGGGACGCUGCUGGACCCGACCGUGGUCGUGAAGGCUGUCAAAGGGGAAGGAGCCCUGAAGGCCGGUGUGCAGGCCGGUGAUGAGAUCUUGGCUAUCGGGGAGACCAGAGUUGUCGACCUGCUCAGCAUGCGCGAAGCUCUCAGCGCCCUGGGAGACACUCGCCAGGGCGACCCGCCCCUGCGAUUGAGGCUGAGGCGAGCUGGAAAGUUGAUCGAGGUGUUCCUGGAGAGCCGGCGUGCUGCGCGGCCGGAGGACUUCGUGGUGGCAUCUCAGUGA